AUGGCUGAAGAAAAGCAGAGUUCCGGAGCGCAGGCUCCUGAAUUGACCUACGUCAAAAAUGAGAAAAAGACCAGCUUGGAAGCUGAGGCUGAGAUCAUGGGAGCCGAUAAGAACAUAUACACAGAUGUAGUGGCUGAAGCUGAAGGAGUGGCUGAGCAUGGUGGCCUGGGUAUGACUGGAGAAGAUAUACUGGCGAUCGAAGAUAAACUUCAAUCCAUGUCACUAGGAAGAACAAGAAUCAUAAUGAAACAAGUUCAAGAGAUGCACGAGCACGAUCAAAACUUUCCGAUCCAUAUCCUUCAAAGUAUCGAACAAUUCCUGAGUAACGACGAUAUCAUGAAGAACCCUCACAAUCCCGAAUACGCCGAACUCAUUAAAGAGAUGAAACUUGAAGCGUUGAUGGUUACUGAGAACUCACCUUAUGCGGAAGUACGGGCUGUAGUUGAAAACACCGAUGAUGUCGAUAUGCCUUCGUUCACUUUCCGAACUUGGUUCAUCGGUAUAAUCUACGUCGUCAUUGGGGCCUUCAUCAACCAACUCUUUGAGAUUAGACAGCCCGCUAUCAAGGUUUCAUCGGAAGUGGCACAACUUCUAGCGUAUCCUGCCGGUAAGCUCUGCGAGAAGCUCCUACCUAAUUGGAGUUUCACUCUUUUUGGCAAGAGACACAGCCUCAAUCCGGGCCCGUUCAAUAAAAAAGAACAUAUGUUAAUUACAAUCAUGGCCACUGUCGGGUACAACACUCCUUAUACCACUGAUAUCAUCUUGUCGCAAUAUCUGCCACAAUACUUCAACCAGUCUUAUGCUGCAGAGUUCGGCUAUCAGAUUUUACUCGGUUUUGGUACCAACUUUUGUGGUUAUGGUUUAGCAGGUCUGGCUCGACGAUUCUUGAUCUACCCUUCUUACUGCGUAUGGCCCGGGUCAUUGGUCACUAUUGCACUGAACCGAGCAUUCCACUCUGAGACCGAUCCUGCUGUUCCAGGCCCUUUCAAGCGGAUCUAUAACUGGUCGCGUAUGAAGCUUUUCGCAGUAGCCUUCGCCGCUAUGUUCGUUUGGUUCUGGCUUCCCGGAUUUUUAUUCACAGCUUUAUCCACAUUCAACUGGAUAAGUUGGAUCAGUCCUAACAAUGUAUCACUUAACAAUAUCGUUGGGUUCAACAAUGGUCUAGGAUUGAACCCAUUCCCGACAUUCGAUUUCAACGUCUUGACCGCAUAUGAUUUCAACCCUUUGGUCGUACCCGCUUUCGGAACGAUCAAUCAGUUCAUUGGCAUGUUCGCCACUUUCUUUAUGAUUGUCGGAUUUUACUGGAGCAACGUAUGGAAUACCGCAUAUCUACCCAUCAACAGUAACCAUGUAUAUGACAAUACAGGAUCGGCGUUCGACGUGCAGAAAGUUAUCGAUGACAGAGGUAUCUUCGAUGCCGCCAAGUAUCAAACUUAUUCUCAACCUUGGAUGGCUGCCGGUAAUUUAGUAGUUUACUUCUGGUUCUUCGCUCAGUAUGCCUGUACGAUAUCUUACGCUUUCCUCUUCCACCGACGAGAGAUCGUACACGGUUUCAAAGGCAUGUGGCACAGUCUUCGAAGGAACAAGAAGGACGACACAGUAGACGAUCUGACUGAAGAUAUUCAUUGUCGAUUAAUGCGAUCAUACCCUGAAGUCCCAGAAUGGUGGUACGGCUUGGUCCUCCUAUUUGCGAUUGGGUGUGGUAUGGCAGGUAUUGGCGCUUGGGACACCUACACCAACCCUGCAGUCGUGCUAUUCGGUAUCGCCAUGGGACUCAUAUUCGUAGUCCCUGUUGGUCUCGUCACUGCGAUCACAGGUAUUCAAGUGACCAUGAAUGUCUUGGCUGAACUUAUCGGUGGUGCUUGGACUCCAGGAAACGCACUAGCUAUGAACUUCUUCAAGGCUUUCGGAUACAUCACAACUGCGCAGGCUAUCUACUUCUCCACCGAUCUCAAAGUCGCUCAUUACCUCAAGAUCCCCCCUAGACACACAUUUGUCGCUCAAAUGGUCGCCACAUUCAUAUCCACCUUGGUCUGUACUGGUGUUUUCAACUUCCAAAUGAACAAAGUACCCAACGUAUGUACGUCCGAGGCUCCCUUUGGAUUCUCAUGUCCAGGUAUCAAUACUUUCUUCACUGCUGCUGUCUUUUGGGGAACUUUGGGUCCACAAAAGCUUUUCGGCAGUACCGGUCAAUACAAAGCGCUCUUGAUCGGUUUCCCAGUUGGAUUCGUUUUACCCUUCAUCGUAUAUUUCCUGAGAAAACGAUUCCCUAGGACUGCAUGGCUUAGGCAGAUCCACCCUGUCAUGCUUUGUUAUGGAGGUAUCAACUGGGCUCCAUAUAACCUAUCUUAUCUCUGGCCUUCGGUCCCUUUAGCGUCUUUCUCAUGGUUCUACUUGAAGAAAAGAUAUCUCGCGUUCUGGUCAAAAUACAAUUUCGUUCUUGCUGCCGCGUGGCAAUGUGGUAUCGCCAUAGCUGCUAUUGUGAUCUUCUUUGCCGUUCAAUUACCUGCCGUCGAGGUCAAUUGGUGGGGAAAUACAGUCUCAUACCAAGGAUGUGAAGAUGAAGCUUGCGUGAGAUUACCAAUCCCCGGUAUUGGUUAUUUCGGUCCAGCUCCGGGAAAUCUUCCUUAG